AUGCUAUGCUAUACUAAAGAUAUCAAGGACUGCUAUACUAAAGAUAUCAAGGAUUGCUAUACUAAAGAUAUCAAGGACUGCUAUACUAAAGAUAUCAAGGAUUGCUAUACUAAAGAUAUCAAGGAUUGCUAUACUAAAGAUAUCAAGGAUUUCUUUACCAUAGAUAUCAAGGAUUGCUAUACUAAAGAUAUCAAGGAUUGCUAUACUAAAGAUAUCAAGGAUUUCUUUACCAUAGAUAUCAAGGAUUGCUAUACUAAAGAUAUCAAGGAUUGCUAUACUAAAGAUAUCAAGGAUUGCUAUACUAAAGAUAUCAAGGAUUGCUAUACUAAAGAUAUCAAGGAUUGCUAUACUAAAGAUAUCAAGGUCUGCUAUACUAAAGAUAUCAAGGACUGCUAUACUAAAGAUAUCAAGGACUGCUAA